GAUUCGUGCAGAAGCUCUUGUUCUGAAACAUUGAGUCGUGAAAAUGUGGUUGUCUAGAUUUGCCCUCGUGCCCUUGCAGAUACGGUGUCGACUUCUCAUAGAUAAAGCUCUAUCCGUCCAAGUCAUGUUUAUGAUUGCUUGUUCUACGCACUCACUCUUUCCAGCUCUUUCCUCUCAGCAUGGAGAACCAUACUCAUGAGAUUACGGAAGUGCCAACGGCGGCUAGAGUCGUCACUAUGGCCUUGUCUAUGAUAACAAUCUCAGUACUUGCUAUCUGCCUUACCCGGCGCAUACAAUUCACCAAGAACUGGAAGACGAUAACGAUGACGAAUGCCCUGAUCAUUGCAAUCUAUGUCGACUCAUUCCUUUUUAUCUUCUGCACAGCCAUUCUAUCAAAAGCUUUUUCAUUAAACCAGAGUGCAGGAAUUUGCGAUGGGGCGAUUCUGCUAUGUCUCAUUAGUUAUAUGACCACGAAAAUCCUGAUCUACUACUUCCUGGUCGAGAAAGUCUACAUCAUUCGAACAGUCAACACAUCAAGGAUGAAGAGCAAGUUAUGGCUGUUCAACUUCUUCGGCGUCAUCUGUCCAUAUGUCAUCUUGGUGGUGUUGAACUUUGUUUUCCGCAUUGCAUACAUCAAUGAUAAGGGCGUCUGUGUCAUUGGUAUGAAGCGUAAAGCUCUGGUACCUUUGAUCACGUUCGACAUCAUUCUGAACGUCUACCUAACCUCACUGUUCUUGCAUCCUCUCCGCCAAUGCUACUCUUUCAAACAGGGUGCUUCCUCCCGGAUGAGAACGCUUGUUCUCAGAACGUUCGUGGGAUCCUGCGCUACUCUGCUCAUGAGCGUUGUCAACUUGUCGGUCCUUACGAUCUUGGAUGGAGAGCCCGGAUACAUCUGUCUGUGCUUGUGCAAUCUUGACAUUCUCUUCACCGUCUGCGUGUUACACUGGGCGACAGCGAUUGACCGCCAGGAGCAGACUUCAAACUCUGGCUCGCGGAAGCCCAAAAACACCUCCGAGUCCAGGGGUGGGUUGAACAGCACAACUGGUGGCAAACAAGGCGACUAUGUGGAGUUGGACGAGAGAGUUGUUGCCCAACUCACAACCAAGAUCGAAGCCAACAAAGGCAACCAAGGCAGUGAUAUGCUGAAUUCACGUGCGAUCGAGGUGAAGACCCAGCAUUUGCGGGAAGUCGAGAUCGAGCCUUACGAUAUUGACAGCGAGAGUGGUAACUGGAGAGAGAGCCAGGAGAGGAUAGUAAAGCCAGGUAGUAUCUAGGCCGACCGGUUACGGAGGAUGGACAUUCAAUGGGGCACAACAUCUCCGCUAUCGCAUCUUACAAGGUCAAGCAUAUCUCGCGACAAGUCAUCUAGCAAUUUGCAAUAAUCGAUCGGAGCCAACUCCUUGCAACAAGAACAAAGAGUCUUGCGCGACCUAAAACCAUGCUUUGUAACACUCUUGCCUGUCAGGCCGCGUUAGACGUGGCUACGAUACCACCUCAUCUUCAGAGUAGGCG